AACCCCGGUAAUUCUGAAGAAGAGUGAGUGCGGCCGGGGCGUCUCCGCGGGCGCAGGUGGGCAGAACAGGGGGCGCCGCGUGACCAGCGCCGCCACAGCCCAUUUCUCGCGGCGCUUUGCUCCCUUUCCCCCACUUCUUUCCCAGAAGGGUUUUUCAAGGGGUGGGGGAAAGAGCCGGAAACAAAAAGUGGAAAACAGUUAAUGACCAGCCACAGCGUCCCCACUGUGAGCUCCGGCCACUUCCUCCACGGGCUCCCGAGCCUCACGCAGGCUCUGUGGUGUCGGCUGAGGUAACAUGGCUUGUUGGCCUCAGCUGAGGUUGCUGCUGUGGAAGAACCUCACUUUCAGAAGAAGACAAACAUGUCAGCUGUUGCUGGAAGUGGCCUGGCCUCUGUUUAUCUUCCUGAUCCUGAUCUCCGUGAGGCUGAGCUACCCACCCUAUGAACAACAUGAAUGCCACUUUCCAAACAAAGCCAUGCCCUCUGCAGGAACACUUCCUUGGGUUCAGGGGAUUAUCUGUAAUGCCAAUAACCCCUGUUUCCGUUAUCCGACUCCUGGUGAGGCACCCGGGGUUGUUGGAAACUUUAACAAGUCCAUUGUGUCUCGCCUGUUCUCAGAUGCUCGGCGACUUCUUUUGUACAGCCACAGAGACACCAGCAUGAAGAACAUACACCAAGUUCUAAGGACAUUAUACCAGAUCGAGCGUUCCAGCUCAGCAGGCUUGAAGUUUCAGGACUUCCUGGUAGACAAUGAAACCUUCUCUGGAUUCCUGCAUCACAACCUUUCUCUGCCAAGGCCAACUGUGGACAAGAUACUGGGGGCUGGUGUCAGUCUCCGCAAGGUAUUUUUGCAAGGCUACCAGUUACAUUUGACCAAUCUGUGCAAUGGAUCAAAAUUAGGAGAGCUGAUUCAACUUGGUGACCAAGAAGUCUCCAUGCUUUGCAGCCUGCCAAAGGAGAAACUGGAUGCAGCAGAGCAAAUACUUCAUUCCAACCUGGACAUUCUGAAGCCGAUCUUGACAGAACUAAACUCCACAUCUCCCUUCCCCAGCAAGGAGCUGGCUGAAGCCACAAAAGCUUUGCUGGAUAGUCUUGGGAUUGUGGCUCAAGAGCUCUUCAGCAUGAGGAGCUGGACUGACAUGCGGCAGGAGGUGAUGUUUCUGACCAAUGCGAACAGCUCCAGCUCCCCCACCCAGAUCUACCAGGCCGUGUCCCGCAUCGUCUGCGGCCAUCCCGAGGGUGGGGGCCUGAAGAUAAAGUCCCUUAACUGGUAUGAGGACAACAACUACAAAGCCCUCUUUGGAGGCAACGGCACUGAGGACGACGCUGGCACCUUCUAUGACAAUUCUACCACUCCUUAUUGCAAUGAUUUGAUGAAGAAUCUGGAGUCCAGUCCUCUUUCCCGCAUCAUAUGGAAAGCUCUCAAGCCCCUGCUUGUUGGGAAGAUCCUGUAUACACCUGACACUCCAGUCACAAAGCAGGUUAUGGCUGAGGUGAAUAAGACCUUCCAGGAACUGGCUGUGUUUCAUGAUCUGGAAGGCAUGUGGCAAGAGCUGAGCCCCAAGAUCUGGACCUUCAUGGAGAGCAGCCCAGAAAUGGACCUUGUCCGGACGCUUUUGGACAGCAGAGGCAAUGACCACUUUUGGGAACAGCGAUUGGAAGGCUUAGAUUGGACAGCCAAAGAUAUCGUGGCAUUUCUGGCCAAGCACCCAGAAGAAGUGCAGUCCACUAAUGGCUCUGUGUACACCUGGAGAGAAGCCUUCAAUGAGACCAACCAGGCAAUCCGGACCAUCUCUCGCUUCAUGGAGUGUGUGAACCUGAACAAGCUGGAACCAGUGGCAACAGAGGUUCUGCUCAUCAACAAGUCCAUGGAGCUACUGGAUGAGCGGAAGUUCUGGGCUGGGAUCGUGUUCACUGGAGUUGCUCCUGGCAGUGUUGAGCUGCCCCAUCACGUCAAGUACAAGAUCCGGAUGGAUAUUGACAAUGUGGAGAGGACGAAUAAGAUCAAGGAUGGGUACUGGGACCCCGGUCCUCGGGCUGACCCCUUUGAGGAUAUGCGGUAUGUCUGGGGGGGCUUCGCGUACUUGCAGGAUGUGGUGGAGCAGGCAAUCAUCCAGGUGCUGACGGGCACAGAGAAGAAAACUGGCAUCUACAUGCAGCAGAUGCCUUACCCCUGUUACGUUGAUGACAUCUUCCUGCGGGUCAUGAGCCGGUCAAUGCCCCUCUUCAUGACGUUGGCCUGGAUCUACUCUGUGGCUGUGAUCAUCAAGGGCAUCGUGUACGAGAAGGAGGCGCGGCUGAAGGAGACCAUGCGCAUCAUGGGCCUGGACAACAGCAUCCUGUGGUUCUCCUGGUUCAUCAGCAGCCUCAUCCCCCUGCUCGUGAGCGCCGGCCUGCUGGUGGUCAUCCUGAAAUUAGGAAACCUGCUGCCCUACAGCGACCCCAGUGUGGUGUUUGUCUUUCUGUCCGUGUUCGCCGUGGUGACCAUCCUGCAGUGCUUUCUGAUCAGCACGCUCUUCUCCAGAGCCAACCUGGCGGCAGCCUGUGGAGGCAUCAUUUACUUCAUGCUGUACCUGCCCUACGUCCUGUGCGUGGCGUGGCAAGACUACGUGGGCUUCACACUCAAGAUCUUUGCGAGCCUGCUGUCUCCUGUGGCUUUUGGGUUUGGCUGUGAGUACUUUGCCCUUUUUGAGGAGCAGGGCAUUGGGGUGCAAUGGGACAACCUUUUUGAGAGCCCCGUGGAGGAAGAUGGCUUCAACCUCACCACCUCGGUCUCCAUGAUGCUGUUUGACGCCUUCCUCUACGGGGUGAUGACGUGGUACACCGAGGCUGUGUUUCCAGGCCAAUAUGGAAUCCCCAGGCCCUGGUAUUUCCCUUGUACUAAGUCCUACUGGUUUGGCGAGGAAGGCAAUGAGAAGAGCCAGCCUGGUUUCAGCCAGAAGGGAACAUCAGAAAUCUGCAUGGAGGAGGAACCCACCCACCUGAAGCUGGGCGUGUCCAUUCAGAACCUGAUGAAGGUUUACCGAGAUGGCAUGAAGGUGGCAGUUGACGGCCUGGCCUUGAAUUUCUAUGAGGGCCAGAUCACCUCCUUCCUGGGCCACAAUGGAGCUGGGAAGACCACCACCAUGUCAAUCCUGACCGGGUUGUUCCCUCCCACCUCGGGCACUGCCUACAUCCUGGGGAAAGACAUUCGCUCCGAGAUGAGCACCAUCCGGCAGAACCUGGGGGUCUGUCCCCAGCAUAACGUGCUGUUUGACAUGCUGACUGUUGAAGAGCACAUCUGGUUUUACGCCCGCCUGAAAGGGCUCUCGGAGAAGCACGUGAAAGCAGACAUGGAGCAGAUGGCCCUGGAUGUUGGUUUGCCGCCAAGCAAACUGAAAAGCAAAACAAGUCAGCUGUCAGGUGGAAUGCAGAGAAAGCUGUCUGUGGCCUUGGCCUUUGUUGGGGGAUCCAAGGUUGUCAUUCUGGAUGAGCCCACAGCCGGCGUGGACCCUUACUCCCGCAGGGGAAUAUGGGAGCUGCUGCUGAAAUAUCGACACGGCCGCACCAUUAUUCUCUCCACACACCACAUGGAUGAAGCGGACAUCCUGGGGGACAGGAUUGCCAUCAUUUCCCAUGGGAAGCUGUGCUGCGUGGGCUCCUCCCUGUUCCUGAAGAACCAGCUGGGGACAGGUUACUACCUGACCCUGGUCAAGAAGGAUGUGGAGUCCUCCCUCAGCUCGUGCAGAAAUAGCAGUAGCACUGUGUCGUACCUGAAAAAGGAGGACAGUGUUUCUCAGAGCAGUUCUGAUGCUGGCCUGGGCAGUGACCAUGAAAGUGACACGCUGACCAUCGAUGUCUCCGCGAUCUCCAACCUCAUCAGGAAGCAUGUGGCCGAGGCCCGGCUGGUGGAAGACAUUGGGCAUGAGCUGACCUACGUGCUGCCCUAUGAAGCCGCCAAAGAGGGAGCCUUUGUGGAACUCUUCCAUGAGAUUGAUGACCGGCUCUCAGACCUGGGCAUCUCCAGUUAUGGAAUCUCAGAGACUACCCUGGAAGAAAUAUUUCUCAAAGUGGCUGAAGAGAGUGGGGUGGAUGCUGAGACCUCAGAUGGCACCCUACCGGCAAGACGAAACAGACGGGUCUUCGGGGACAAGCAGAGCUGUCUUCGCCCAUUUACUGAGGAUGAUGCUGUUGAUCCAAAUGAUUCCGACAUAGAUCCAGGUCCGUUUGGGCAAGAUCUUCAUUCCAUUGCUGAAUCCAGAGAAACAGACCUGCUCAGCGGGAUGGACGGCAAAGGCUCCUACCAGGUGAAGGGCUGGAAACUCACACAGCAGCAGUUUGGGGCCCUUUUGUGGAAGAGGCUGCUGAUUGCCAAACGGAGUCGGAAGGGAUUCUUUGCUCAGAUUGUCCUGCCGGCUGUGUUUGUCUGCAUCGCCCUGGUGUUCAGCUUGAUCGUGCCACCCUUUGGCAAGUACCCCAGCCUGGAACUUCAGCCCUGGAUGUACAACGAACAGUACACAUUUGUCAGUAAUGAUGCUCCUGAGGACGUGAGCACGCAGGAACUCUUGAGCGCUCUCACCGGAAAUCCUGGCUUCGGGACCCGAUGUAUGGAAGGAAACCCAAUCCCAGACAUGCCCUGCUCGGUGGGGGAGGAGGAGUGGACCACCACCCCCGUCCCCCAGACCAUCACGGAGCUCUUCCGAAACGGGAACUGGACGAUGGAGAACCCCUCCCCUGCCUGCCAGUGUAGCAGCGACAGAAUCAAGAAGAUGCUGCCCGUGUGUCCCCUGGGGGCUGGGGGACUGCCUCCUCCACAAAGAAAACAGAACACUGCGGACAUCCUUCAGAACCUGACGGGAAGAAACAUUUCGGAUUAUCUGGUGAAGACAUAUGUGCAGAUCAUAGCCAAAAGCUUAAAGAACAAGAUUUGGGUGAAUGAGUUUAGGUACGGUGGAUUUUCCCUGGGUGCCAGCAAUUCUCAAACACUUCCUCCGAGUGAAGCAGUUAAUGAUGCCAUCAAGCAAAUGAAGAAACACUUGAAGGUGGCCAAGGACAGUUCUGCAGAUCGAUUUCUCAGCAGCUUGGGAAGGUUCAUGACAGGACUGGACACGAAAAAUAACGUCAAGGUGUGGUUCAACAACAAGGGCUGGCACGCCAUCAGCUCUUUCUUGAAUGUCAUCAACAAUGCUAUUCUCCGGGCCAACCUGCAGAAGGGAGAGAACCCUAGCGAGUAUGGGAUUACUGCCUUCAAUCACCCCCUGAACCUCACCAAGCAGCAGCUCUCGGAAGUGGCUCUGAUGACCACAUCAGUGGACGUCCUUGUGUCCAUCUGUGUCAUCUUUGCGAUGUCCUUCGUCCCAGCCAGCUUUGUCGUGUUCCUGAUCCAGGAGCGGGUCAGCAAAGCGAAGCACCUGCAGUUCAUCAGUGGAGUGAAGCCUGUCAUCUACUGGCUCUCCAAUUUUGUCUGGGACAUGUGCAACUAUGUGGUCCCUGCCACGCUGGUCAUCAUCAUCUUUGUCUGCUUCCAGCAGAAGUCCUAUGUGUCCUCCACCAACCUGCCUGUGCUAGCCCUUCUACUGUUGCUGUAUGGGUGGUCCAUCACACCUCUCAUGUACCCAGCCUCCUUCGUGUUCAAGAUCCCCAGCACAGCCUACGUGGUCCUCACCAGCGUGAACCUCUUCAUCGGCAUCAAUGGCAGCGUGGCCACUUUUGUGCUGGAGCUCUUCACCAACAAUAAGCUGAAUAACAUCAAUGAUAUCCUGAAGUCGGUGUUCUUGAUCUUCCCACAUUUCUGCCUGGGACGGGGGCUCAUUGACAUGGUGAAAAACCAGGCAAUGGCUGAUGCCUUGGAAAGGUUUGGGGAGAAUCGCUUUGUCUCGCCGCUGUCUUGGGACUUGGUGGGACGAAACCUCUUCGCCAUGGCUGUGGAAGGGGUGGUGUUCUUCCUCAUCACUGUGUUGAUCCAGUACCGAUUCUUCAUCAGGCCCAGACCUGUAAAGGCAAAGCUUCUUCCUCUGAAUGAUGAGGAUGAAGAUGUGAGGAGGGAGAGACAGAGAAUUCUUGAUGGUGGAGGACAGAAUGACAUCUUGGAAGUCAAGGAGCUGACUAAGGUGUAUAGAAGGAAGAGGAAACCUGCAGUCGACAGGAUUUGCAUUGGCAUUCCUCCUGGUGAGUGCUUUGGACUUCUAGGUGUCAAUGGGGCUGGGAAAUCAUCAACUUUCAAGAUGUUAACGGGAGAUACCAGUGUUACCAGAGGAGAUGCUUUUCUUAACAAAAACAGUAUCUUAUCAAACAUCCACGAAGUACAUCAGAACAUGGGCUAUUGCCCUCAGUUCGAUGCCAUCACAGAGCUGCUGACUGGAAGAGAGCACGUGGAGUUCUUUGCGCUCUUGAGAGGCGUCCCAGAGAGAGAAGUCGGCAAGGUUGGUGAGUGGGCAAUUCGGAAACUGGGCCUCGUGAAGUAUGGAGAAAAGUAUGCUGGGGACUAUAGCGGAGGCAACAAGCGCAAGCUCUCGACGGCCAUGGCAUUGAUUGGCGGGCCUCCUGUGGUGUUUCUGGAUGAACCGACCACAGGCAUGGACCCCAAAGCCCGGCGAUUCUUGUGGAAUUGUGCCUUAAGUAUCAUCAAGGAAGGGAGAUCAGUAGUGCUUACAUCUCAUAGCAUGGAAGAAUGCGAAGCUCUUUGCACUAGGAUGGCAAUUAUGGUCAAUGGGCGGUUCAGGUGUCUUGGCAGUGUCCAACAUCUGAAAAAUAGGUUUGGAGAUGGUUAUACAAUAGUCGUACGAAUAGCAGGGUCCAACCCUGACCUGAAGCCUGUCCAGGAGUUCUUUGAACUCGCCUUCCCGGGAAGCGUGCUGAAGGAGAAGCACCGGAACAUGCUGCAGUACCAGCUUCCCUCUUCACUGUCUUCCCUGGCCAGGAUUUUCAGCAUCCUUUCCCAGAGCAAAAAGCGACUCCACAUAGAAGACUACUCUGUCUCUCAGACAACACUUGACCAAGUAUUUGUAAACUUUGCCAAGGACCAAAGUGAUGAUGACCACUUAAAGGACCUGUCAUUACACAAAAACCAGACAGUAGUGGAUGUUGCACUUCUCACAUCUUUUCUGCAGGACGAGAAAGUGAAAGAAAGUUAUGUAUGAAGAAUCCUGUUCAUACAGGGUGGCUAGAAGAAAGGAGGAACUAGACCUUCCUUUGCACUAUGUGAAGUGUUCCAGAGGGAAGAGCUGGAAGAUUUUGUGGGAAGAGGUAAACUGGAUACUGUACUGAUACUAUUCAAUGCAAUGCAAUUCAAUGCAAUGAAAACAAAAUUCCAUUACAAGGGCGGCGCCUUUGUAGCCUAUGUCUUGUAUGGCUCUCGAGCGAGAAGGACUUGAAUUUAGUUUAUUACCUUAUACUUGUGUGAAACUCUAGUAUGGAACCCAGUGGACAUACGGGUUUGACAUACUUUUUUGUUCCUUUGUAUUCUCACUGGGGUUGCAACAAUAAUUCAUCAAGUAAUCAUGGCCAGUGAUUGUUUAUCAAAAUCAAAAGGCAUCCUCAUUCAUUAAGCCGUGCCAAGCCAGGAGACUGGUUUCCCGGUGACACAGCCAGUGUCGGCAGUGAGUGCACCGGAAUUACUAAUGCCAAGUUGCUCAGAAAGCCCGAAGCACCAUGGUGUGUCAUGCACACUUUUGUGAAAGCUGCUGUACUCAGAGUCUGUUGACAUCAUCAAAUAUCGGGUGACAAAAUGGUUCCAUGUGUGGGGAAAGUCCUGCUUUGAUUCCCUCUUGGAUGAGCUGCUCUGAUGGCGGUGACGUGCAAAUUGCAACAUGCAAAUUGCAUGCUAACAUGCAAGAGUGAGACUUGGUUUCGUUGUUGUCCUUGCUUGGAACCAUGAGUCUCCGAGGCUAUGUUUCUCGGACUCUUUAAGUAUACUUAGAUCCUGGUUAAGAAGCAAAGAAUCAGCAACCGCAUUGUUGGGGCCUCAGGCUGUGGAAGCCAGGGCACGGGAUGAAGAGGAUGAUGCGUUCAAACCAAGGGAGGCCUGUGUCCAUUUGUCCUGAUCGUCUGCUAACACGGUACAGUGCAUCUCAAGAUCUUGUUGCUUGAUACAAGCAUAGUAUUAUUUCUGGCUUUUUGGAUUAAUCUAGAAUAUGAAAAGAUGGAGUUGUAUUUUGAGAAAAAUCUUUGUACUUUUAAUGUUACUUGGAAUUGUAAGUUCUGUCAGUGACUUCUGAAACCUUAGAAUGGCCUCUUUGUAGAACCCUGUGGCACAGAGGAGUAUGGCCACACUGCCGCGCUAGCUUUAUUUUUUCACGUAAGUUUGUGAAUGGAUCAUCUAAUGCCUAGUGACUAGAAAACAGUGUGAUGGCCAAGAUCUCAUGACAACAUUGUAUUUAAGUUUCUUUAAGAUCGUUUAGAAUACUUUUAGUAUCAGUGCAUUAAUCAAGUAUUUUUUGAGUGUAUGUUGUAACUGAGUAUGGAUGGAUGCGGUGAGGAGAUACUAAGUCUCAGUAGAUUUCCUGUGCCAUGUUUGUCAGCUAACUGGUUUACAAAUACAGGUUUUGUUGUGGUUGUGGGAACCCACUGAAAGAAUAUUGGGCAGCCCACUUUUUGAAGAUAGCAACAAUGCAAAAGCCAAGAACGUUUAAAUGUCAUAAGGAUCACAAGACUAUAUAACGAAUACUUUCACAGAGAAGACGGCUGGCUUCAAAGCUUGUUGAAUAACAUAAAACUGUGCUUAUGGCAUUUAGUACCUUCGAAUAAUUGACUUUGAAAAUCUCAGAUACCCCAUUCUGACAAUCUCAAAUUUGUCAUCUCUUCAAUCACUAACCUAUCAUGAAAAAAACAAAAAAACAAAAAACAGCAAAUGCCCCCACGUGAAGAUUAUCUCAGACUUUUCUAACCCAGUUUAAUUUUUUUAGUCAGUAAAUACUUGUUAAAAAUAAUAUUGCACUAAUGUUUAAUGUCAUCUGUCUUGAGGCAACAAAAUUAUGAGAGAAAUACUGUUUGGUAAAGUCAUCUUUCAAUAUCAUUACUAAUGUCUUCUUCUUUUAAAAAAAUUUAGAUAUUAACUCUAAAGGUGCAAGAUUUCAGAUCUAUCCAAAUCUGUAUUUUUUCUUUUAAAAUUUACUGUAUGUUAUCAUGCAACUUGUUGCUUGGAAAAAGAAAAU